CGGACAGCAGAAGCAGCACGAAACGGAUCCGUCGCAAGCCAGCACCGACGACUCCGCCGCCACGGCCAACGGCGUCGCCGUCGACGCGACGCCGCCCCAUCUUUCCCCGCGAGCGCCAGCGCGGGGCAGCACAAGGUACAUGGAGUAUGACAUGCUGGAGCACAUACUUGAGGGAAAAGAGAAACCAACGAAUCUACCGUUUGCACUUCUGAAGAAAAUCACAGAUGAUUUCUCCGAAGAGCGAGAAAUUGGCCAGGGUGGAUUCGGAACCGUAUAUAAGGUAAUUCUUCUUCCUCAAGGUAAUUUCUGUGUAUAGCACCUAAUAUCCUAAGUAUCACAAAGAUAGCGAUGUAUCACCAAAAGAACAGAGUAAUUUUUUUUUUUAGUUUGACCCCAGGUGCAUAUGCAGCAAAGUAUUCCAAGUCCAGGAAACGUGUAUGCAUGUUCUAUAGAAAAGUAACUCUCCAAGUUAUCUAUAAAUGGAUGAACACAGCUUUUACUAUAAAAAAUGCAAAUGAUGUUUUUUUUUACAUAUUCACAUUUCAUUCGACUAUGUACGCUUGGGAGUUCUUGAAGUUUUUGGGAAGCUUGAGAAUGUGUUUCCUUUUACUAGAGCACAUAUGCACAGGAUAUAACUAUAGCAACUUGAAAAUAUUACUCUAUCCUGGUAGUUCAUUGUCAGGUCAGUCAUUGGCUAGUACUUCCUUCAUCCCAUAUUAAUUGACGCUCAACAGAUGUAUCUAGAACUGAAAUAUGUCUGGACACAUCCAUUUGAGUGUCAACUAAUACGGGACGGAGGGAGUAUAUAACUAAAGUUGAGUUCUUUUGAAAUGUGUAGUCCCUUCUUUUAUACAUUUUAUUGCGACGUGCUUUCAAAAUUCUACAAGCAGGGCUACUAGCUCUAAAUGCUCACAAGAGAUGUAAACAGGGCGUCCUACGAAAUGGAAAUGUUGCUGUGAAUCGGAUCAUGAGCAAGUACACAAUCGAUGAGAAGCUAUUUUAUCGUGAGGUUAACAGUCUUUUGAAGGUUAACCAUAAAAAUGUAGUCCGGUUUCUUGGCUUCUGCGCUAAUACUGAGCAGGUAGAGAUAAAAAUUGAAGGUAAAAGAGAAUAUAUUUAUGCUGAAAUAAGAGAAAGAUUGCUCUGUUUCGAGUAUAUCAGCAAUGGAAACCUACAAAAUUAUAUUACUGACGAAUUAAGAGGACUUGAAUGGAAUGUACGUUUUCAGAUCAUCAAAGAUAUUUGUGAGGGUUUGUAUCAUCUGCACAUGGAAAACCAUAUUAUUCAUAUGGAUCUUAAGCCUGCCAAUAUACUGCUAGAUCAUCAUAUGGUCCCAAAAGUGACGGACUUUGGUCUAUCAAGACUUGAUGAGAACUCACAAACCAUGUGUGCGAACCGUUUUUAUCACUUGGAUAUUGUGCUCCGGAAUAUCUACAUGGUGGCAGGAUGUCUGUCAAAUCAGACAUAUACAGUUUGGGUGUAAUAAUCAUCGAACUGGUAACGGGACAUAAGAGUAUCCUUGAUAACAAUAAUAGUGUACUCAGAAGAUGGAGGCACAGGUGGAAAAAAUCAGGGAAGGAAACGCCAUUAGGUUACCGACAAGUAACUAAAUGCAUCGAAAUAGGGAUGCGCUGCCAGGAAAAGGACCCCUACAGGCGACCUUUUAUUGGCGGUAUAUUAUGUGAUUUCAUAGACAUGAAAGGUACAAAUGGGCAAUUCAGCAGUGACAAUGGGUCCACAAUUGAUGAGAUGAGCCCUUACUUGGAGGAUGAUAUGCUUGGAAUUGAGCCGCUCGAACUACAUUUUCCUUUUGACCUGAACAAGCAAAUGUCAUGCUCAAUACAGCUAACCAAUGAGACAGAUGGUUGCAUAGCCUUCAACAUCCAAACAACGUCCCCCUUGCCAUAUUGCACACAUCCAACCAAAGACAUUGUGCCACCGAGAUCCAAGUGUAGUAUCGACAUAACAUUGCAACUACAGAAGAACGCACCACGACAUGCCGGCGGGUUAAUUGUGCGGAGCACUAAAGUAAGUGAUGGUCUUGCAGCUCGGGAUAUAACUACUGACAUGUUCAAUAAAGAGGCAGGCAACUUGGUUGAUGAGGUGAGUUUGGAUGUUGUUUUUGACGGAGAGCUACAAGCCCCAUGCUCAUCUGAAGUAUGCUUAUCUGAAGUACCAAAGCAUUCAUCACUUGCACCAGUAGCAGUUUUGGGUAUGGAUGAUCCGAGCAAUCAAGAGGCAUCUAAUGUUCCACGGUCAUCUGCACAUGCGGGGUCAGAAGGGACAGACUCUGAGGUAAUCCCUGCAGGCUCCAACAAGCUUCUUGACAUCCACCCACCCGAGCUUUGGUUCACCUUUGAACCCAACAAGUUGAUCCCCUGCUCACUGCACCUAACAAACAACACAAAUGAAUAUGUGCCGUUUAAGCUUUUGGAGAAGAGUAGGCUCAUGGACAAAAGGAGGUUCUUUCUAAGUCUACCACUGUAUGGCAUUGUCCCCCCGAGCUCCACCUACAUUCUCGUUGUGACAACGGAUAAAAGGGAAAACCUGCCAGAAGAAAGAGAUGUCAAUUUUGUUCUUCAGAGCAGUAUAGGUGAUGAGGGCCUCAAGCCUUUCAGAAACCAAUAUGACUGUGACCAAUAUUUUGAGAAAGCAGCAGAGACGAGGCAUAUCGUGCAUGAUGUGACACUGAAAGUUGUUUAUGCACCCAAAGGGGAGACGGCAUGUGAGGCAAUUCCACCUUUACUUAAGAUCACAUUCGUGGAGAAAACCCAUGCAGCUUUGUGUUCCCUCGAUGCAAACCAGACAGAGCCAUGGAUUAUAACAGGUCAUUAUGAUGGACGUGUUGGUUUAUGGGACUAUGACACGCAGAAAUUUCUUGCUUUGGUUAAAGUCUCAGGAUCAUCAGGUUGUCUUGUUAAAUUUAUUGAACGGCGUCAAUGGUUUCUGGCCGGUUCAUAUCACGAAGGAUUUAUCCACGUGUACAGCUAUGAAAUGUAAGUGCAGGAAGUCAAUAGUGUGCGAUGUGCGGAAACGUCUUGAUCUCGGUACGAGGGGACGUGUUGCAUGUUAUAGGCAGGGGCGCAAUAACCCUGAGGCGCAUACAGUUGAGAUCUUACAGAAGACUUGGAGAAGAAGAGAUAGAAUAGGUUACAAGAGAUAAACAUGAACCAACUACCUAGCUAUCUCUAUCAAUAUGGUUGGACUCCUGAUGCGGCUCAUGAGGUUGGUGCGGCAGCCAGCCAAGGCGUGACAGCCAAGGCAACGUGACAGGUUGUUUAACACCCUCCCGUAAUCACAACUUCAUCAAGUUGAGAUUAUGCUUGAAGUCUUCAAAGCUUUUGGUAGGCAAUGGUUUUGUGAAUCCAUCUGUAAUUUGAUCUCUGGAAUGCACAAACCGAAUGUCAAGUUGCUUCUUGGCAACUCUUUCUCUCACAAAGUGAAAAUCUAUCUCAAUGUGCUUUGUUCUGGCAUGAAAAACUGGAUUAGCAGACAAGUACAUUGCAUCUAGAUUGUCACACCAUAAA